AUGGCCGAAUCGUCUGUUGCACGGCCGCUGUUGAAGCUUAACGCGCAGUUCAUCGCAAUCGCACAUUCUGUCUGCUCGUUAUCGGCUUUUCUCGCGGCUCUUUUCGUUGGAUAUUGGCUCCAUUUCUACAAGAUCGUCCAGAAUGAACACUACGGGUAUCCCGACGAAUGGUUCCCCAGCGUGUCUGCGACCAUUGGAGAUCGGUAUCCGGAACGGUCAAUUUUCCAGAUCCUGAUUGCUCUCACCUCAGGACCUCGAUUUUUACUGUUAUUUGUCGGAUACAUUGUUUGGUACAAACAAGAUUCAAUUUAUCCCAAAUUGGGAUUGGUGACAGGACUCGUUAGAACAGUCACUUGUGGAGGCUGGGUUUAUAUCACAUCCACCGACGACCAUGACUUCCAUGAUAUCUUUAUGAUCUCGUACAUUGUUCUGACCAUUCCGUGGGAUAUGGCCGUUACCAAACUUUCUCCACCUGGAUCCAAGAUCAGAUCGUACAGAAAAUACACAGCAUUUACGUUCUUCUUCAUGUUAGUUCCGCUGAUUUACUUGUUCAUCCAGCAUAAGGUCCAUCGUGUGGCUGGUGCGUACUCCUACUAUGCAUACUGUGAGUGGUCGCUAAUUUUCCUCGACGUCGGUUUCGACGCGUGGUCAAUUUUGGACUUCAAGGAACUCACCAUCGAGAUUCUACCGUCUUCAGACUCUGACGCCUUUUUCGUCACUAACUUCUCCAGAUCGGCCCCUGUCAAGGAAACCAAGCUGCAACCUAAAUCAACCCAACAGGGCGGUUCUUUGUUCCAACUGACCGUUGAUGUUGUCAACGCAUUUAUUUUCUGGUCCAUCUACUCAUCGCUGUUCCUGUUAAUUUGGUACUUCCCACUUUGGCACAUGGGUAUCUCUGGAUAUGAGGCUGCGUGCUUGACCUUGGUGUCUCCCGCUUUGCUCGUGAUUCCUGGCCUGUCCAAGGUGUUUGUGUCAUAUCCUCAGUUCGUCAAGGCGUUCUCCUGCACCCUGGGUGUCGGCUCCUACUUGAUUGCCGAUCCUGCUGCCAGACUGCUCACUACGGCUGCUGGUAUCUCUAUUCAGAUGAUGUCUCUAAGUUGCGACAUCUGGACCCUGGGAACUCAGAAAGACUCGCUGCCAAUUAAAACAUAUGCCACCACAUUUAUUCUUGGCCUUGUUCUCUCAGCAAUAGCAAAGUUUGCAUUUUGGGCAAACAACCCGAUCUGGCCAAUCAUGAACAGCGAGACCGGCGGAUGGAACCUGACAGGUUUGGUUGUUGGUGUUGUUUCUGCUUUCUUCACCAAGCUUCCAAAGCCAGUUUCAUAUGUCGAGACUGAAAAAAGCGCUAGAAAACCAUCGUUCCUGCUGACCUCGCUCGGAUUCGGUUCCCUGAUCUACUCCAUCAGCGCCAUGCUCACCGACUCGUCUACCAUCAUCUUGUGGAACUGGGAAGGAUACCCUAUUCGCGGCCCGAUCCCUGUUCCUCACGGAGCCAUCACUCUGAUCACCAUGUGUGCAGGAGCUUUCUUUGGUCUCUACAAACCAGAGUCUUAUAAGACAGUGACGUUUUCGGGAGUUCUGGGUGGUGCAGUGUUGUACCUGUUCAACGGCUGGGUCGGAUACGUUGGAGGAUUGGCGUACGCUUUUUGGCUCUGCUACGUGACCCCAUUGAGUUUCCAACAGAUCUCCAAGACGGGUAAACUGGCAUCUAUUUUUGCCGUUUCUUUCCUGUUCACCGUCAUUUUGUCCCUGAUGCAUGUCUGGGUGGUUGCCUAUGCAUUCGUUCCUGGAGGACCACUUCUCAGAGAAAGAACAGACAUUGUUCUGGGACUGUCCAUUUUCAUGAUUGUUGGCCUGGUGUACGACCACCAGCCACCGCAAAUCGACACCAAGAGAGCCAAGUCGGUUCUGAAGAAGCUCACCAACCAUUUCGUUUUGCUGGUGCUGCUAUCGUGUUUUGUCGCAUUCACUAGAUUCCAAUUUGAGAAGCCAAAGCCGUACCAUCCAAAGUCGAGACUCAUGACCGCAGGUAUCUGGACGAUCCAUUUCGGUCUGGACAACGACAUGUGGGCCUCGGAGCACCGCAUGCGCGAUUUGAUCAAAGACCUCGAGUUGGACGUUGUUGGACUGCUAGAGUCUGACACCCAGAGAAUCAUCAUGGGCAACAGAGACCUGACACAGAGAAUUGCCGAGGAGCUUGGGAUGUACGCUGACUUUGGCCCUGGUCCUAACAAACACACAUGGGGUGCUGCAUUGCUGUCGAAAUUCCCGAUCGUCAACUCCACGCACCACCUGCUACCAUCUCCAGUUGGGGAGCUGGCUCCCGCUAUCCAUGCUACAUUGGACUGCUACGGUGAGCUGAUCGACGUCGUUGUGUUCCAUUCUGGACAGGAAGAGGACGUGGAGGACCGCCGGCUGCAGACUCUGGGCGUGACGGACAUCAUGGGCAGCUCUGACCGGCCAAUGGUGUUGCUCAGCUACCUGGUGACCGAUCCGCUCAAAGGUAACUACAAUACCUACGUGAGCGACAAGUCGGGUAUGCACGACAUCGAUGUGACAGACGACGACCGUUGGUGCGAAUACAUCUUGUACAAAAAAAUGAAGCGCACAGGAUACGCUCGUGUCAGCAGAGGCACCAUCACCGAUACCGAGGUGCAAGUCGGCAAGUUUGUGAUUCCGGACGGCACGAUCGACGAGUCGUACUCGCAGACCCGCGUCGACGAGGACAAGGUGCCGGAAGACAUGCGGUUCCCGUCAAUUUUCUAUGGCGACGGUGUUCGCGGCCACCAGUACCAUGUUUUCGACGAGCCAAGAUAUUUUAGAUAG